AUGGCUACCUUGGUAUCGAUUGAAUUUAUCGUGAGCAAACCAAUUGAGAAUGACAAUCGAAGAAAACGUGCAGAUGUUCCCAUCGGGUCAACAGUGGUACAGAACCUGCUGGAUUCAAUCUUGAUUGCUGUUAACAGCCUUCCAGAAGUAAAUAGCGUAAAUGGAAGAGCCAUUUCAGCGGAUGAUGACGUCAUUGACCUAAUCACAGCAAGGGUCAGACUGAACGUGACCUUUAGGACUGACAUCACGAUUCAACAGUUGACAUCACUCGUGAUAGCCUCUAUCAACAACAUCCAUGGAGUCGACGUUCAAAGUUUUGAGUUGCUGCCUGACCCAUGUUCAUUGGACAAUCCUUGUGGUAAUGAAGAUACAUGUGAAAGGGUCGAUCCCUACUCUGCGAAUGUCACCUGCAUUCCUGACGAUGACGAUGACGAUGACGAUGACGAUGACGAUGACAUAACAACCACUCUCGCCAUCGCCCUGCCCAUUGCCUUUCUACUUCUUGUUGCCAUUGGUUUUCUUGCAUUCGUCUACCACCGCUAUGGAGUGAUCCGCGGUCGGAAAGGACGUGUUAUUACGCCCGAGCCCUUGGUGCAGGAAGGCACUUCGGGAGCAGGACUACAGCAGAGCAGCAGUGUCGGCCAACUGCCUUCAGGAGACAUCAACCCUCCAUUGGCGCACGAGUUCAACGAUGGGCUAGAGAUGGACUCUAGAUUGAAUAGUGAUGAGGUGGAUCGCCAUGAUGCCGAAGUCAAGGGCCUGCCCUAUCGGCAGACAGUAGAUGAACAUCGAGCAUCCAGUGGUAACCGGGCAAAAGAGUCCGACUUAAAUGAGGUCCCCCAAAAGGAAUUGCGAGUAUAAAGUCUCCCAUGGAUCUCUUGACACCUACUUCUAAACGAUUCUGUAAACCAGACAUGGAGAUUCUGCCGUUUUUAUAUUUGGGGUGGAGUGUGGAAGUGACCUUUAAAUGCAUGCAGUAGCUUAUCCAGGGUAGAAUUGGGCUAGCAGAGCCCCCCUCCUAAGCUGUUUAGGUUCUUUGACACACAAAGAAAUACUUCUUCUUGCCGUCAGGCCUAUGUCUUUCUCAUGCUGGGUUUCCAUUCCCUUUCGCCUGUCCCUCUGGUGGGGAUGCCCCCACCAUUGCUGGAUACGCCAAUGUGCUUAUCUAUUCUUAUGCUGUCACCUAGCUCUUUUGCUAUGGUUUCUUUUAUGUCUUUCAUCGACUACUGUUCACGGUAUAAAUAUAAGCUUUAUAAUCAACCUUGCUACCAUUUGUAUGUUGAACUACACAAGAUGAUAGCCGGGAUUACGCCCGUGGUUCGAUUUGUUACAUCACUGGAUGCAGCUGAUUCGAGAUUAUUUUCACAAUGAAUUAACUUACGAUAACAUGAUAUCAAGAAUUUUGUGUACACAGUAUUGUAAGAAAAAGCCUUAACCUUAAUGUUACUAAAAGUGCCGGCUUCUACUUUCUAUUCUUACAUUAUUCAUAGCUUAUAUUUCUGGAUGUUUUGUUAGAAUAUACGUUUACACGUUGCAUACAUUUUAUUUUAGAGUCAGGGUAAUCUAUUGACAGUACUUCAGAUUUACGGAUAUAUAUUAUAUAGUAUGGAUGAGUGUGUUUGAAUAUAUGUAUUUUUGUUUUGUUUGUUAUAGUAUGUUUUUAUUGUAUUUUUUAUUUAAUUGUAUGUUAAUGGGCCCCAUUUACAAGCUUUGCUUCUCAGGGGUCCGUACCAGUACCAGUGUGAUUGUUAAUUGUUUUUAAUGAUUGGCUGAAUAAAUUGAAGUGAAUUUUACAAUGAAUUUUACCAAAACAAAUUAUCAUAUAUUCUUGUUAAUUCGGAUGAAUAAAAUAAUUUAAUUGAAUUGAAUCUAUUGCUCACUAUGUCCCGACGUGUCGACAGCCGUGUCCCAUAAUGCAUCACCAACUGCAGAAAACGUGCAUGAUGAUGCGUGGGUACAGGAACCAGAACUCGUUCCAUGUACGCAAUUGAAAAUAUAUUACAGCAGUGGUAGCAGUGUCAGUCAAUCAUCCUGCCUUUGAAAAGGGAUUUUUUUUGUGUGUGUGUUUUUUUUUUGGUGGUGGUCUUUCUACUGUCUCAAAUUUAAUGGAGGCAUAUCUUAGCUAAACUUGACAUUUACUUUAGGACCGCUACCAUGAAAUCCCACAUGUCGCAUAUAACCCGCUCGACUUCACUUCUGGAAGCUUGUGAACAUUACAAUGACGUAUUGCGUAAUUUGGAAAAAAAUUAACGUGUACAUAGGCAAUACUACAUGGUGUAUUGAAAACGCUCUUAAACUGAUUUAUUGAAAUAAUGUUAGCAGUUAGGGUAUUCGUUAUUAUUAUUGUUGUUGUUAUUAUUAUAAUUAUUUCAAAUAUCAAUAUUAUCAUCAUCAAAAUCAAUGUUAUCAUCGUAUAUUGUUUAUUCAGUACUAUUUUAAUAUUCUAUUCAUAUUAAGGUGUGAUUGUUAUAAAUGGGGCGUAUACUUCGUUUUUGUAUUAAAAUGAAAUGAAAAAGAUUCUAGUAAUAUUAUUUUCAUCAUUUCACUCAGUCAUGAACGUAAACGAUAGAUUAUUAAGAAAUAAUACUCGGUCAUGAUACAACAUUGUAUCCUACGCUACCAAUAGCAAAAAUUAUUAAAAUCAAAUGUGGUAUUCUCAUAAGUUAAGCCGAGACUAAGUCCAGACUAAACAAGAAUUUUAGUUCACACUUCUAUGGA